AUGGCCGCCGACCGCCCCAGCAAGAAAGAAAAGAAGGACAAGAAGGAGAAGAAGCGGAGCGCUGAGGAAGGCGUGAAGAAGGACAAGAAGGACCGCAAGGACAAGAAGGAAAAGAAGGCUAAGCUCGCCGCGGCGCUCGACGAGCACCUGCAGGCUGAGGCGGCGGCGUCGGCGUUGGCUAGCGGUGUCAUGGCCGUGGACGUGGAUGAGGAGACCACCACUGCUGUUGUCGUAGCUGAGAAGAUUGCGCCUUUGUCCAUGGUGCCUUUUGCUGUGCCGCUUGCGGAUGAGAAGAGUAUGAAGAAGGUCCUCAAGACCGUGAGGAAAGCCGCCAAGAACAACGCCCUCAAGCGCGGCGUCAAAGAAGUCGUCAAGACCCUCCGCAAAUCCCCCGCGUCUUCGCCCACGAACCGCGCCUUCCCCGGCAUCGUCAUCAUCGCCGGCGACAUCUCCCCCAUGGACGUCAUCUCCCACAUUCCCGUGCUCUGCGAGGACCACAACGUGCCCUAUAUCUUCGUGCCCUCGCGCGCUGAGCUCGGCGCCGCGGCCAAGACGAAGAGGCCUACCAGCGUCGUCAUGAUUAUGGAGAAUCCCGAGACGAGGAAGAAGGCGGCGGCUGCUGCUGCGAAGAAGGAUGAGAAGGAUGAGGGUGAGGAUGAUGGGGAGAAGUAUUCUGAUACUUAUCAGAGUCUUGUUAAGUUGGUGCAGAAGGAGACGGAGAGGCAAUCAUUUUGGUAA